GCGGCGCGCCGCCGCGGAGCCCAGAGCCGGCGGCUGGGGCGGCUCUGAAAGAAAAGGUGGGAGCGGAACCCGGAAGUGGUGGCGGUCCCUGGAGAGCAGGCGGAGACCGCGGCAAGUCUGACACCGGGCUGACUGAGCGGGGGCGGGGGAAGGCGCUGGCAGAGAGGCAUCCGCCUGGUGGGAGCUACGCGAGGAGCGGGAGUGGCCGGGCCUCCCUUCCGCACUUGAGCGAGCGAGCGAGCGAACGCCGAGUGAUGGCGGCGGUGAUGGCGGCAGUGGCUCGGACAGCCCCGGUUAAGUCGCGCUCAGAGAGAUUCAUCCAGAAAGUACCCAGAAGAAACUUCCUGUCAGAAAAGCUGAAAAUGCAGUCUUGCUAACACUGGGAUUUGUAAAUAAUUUGUUCAGAAUGGCUGAAAACAAUAGUAAAAACGUAGAUGUGCGGCCGAAAACAGGCCGGAGCAGAAGUGCUGAUGGAAAGGAUGGCUAUGUGUGGAGCGGAAGGAAGUUGUCUUGGUCCAGAAAGAGGGAGAGCUGUUCCGAGUCUGAAACCGUGUGUCCUGGAGAGAAGGCUGAAGCUCCCGGAAGGGGCCGAGAGAGGGAGCAGAGCUGUUCAUCCAUUCAGCUGGACCUGGACCACUCCUGUGGGCACAGAUUUUUAGGCCGAUCCCUUAAACAGAAACUGCAAGAUGCGGUGGGCCAGUGUUUUCCAAUAAUGAAUUGUAGUAGUCGGCACUCUUCAGGGCUUCCAUCUAAAAGAAAAAUUCAUAUCAGUGAACUCAUGCUAGAUAAGUGCCCUUUCCCACCUCGAUCGGAUUUAGCCUUUAGGUGGCAUUUUAUUAAACGACAUACUGUUCCUGUAAGUCCAAAUUCAGAUGAAUGGGUGAGCACAGACUUAUCUGAGAGUCAAGUGAGGGAUGCCCAGCUAAAGCGAAGAAACAUAGAAGAAGACAUACCCUGUUUCUCGCAGACCAGUGUUCAGCCCUGUGUCGUAACUACCAGCAGUGCUUCAUGUAGAGGUGGUCACAUAACUGGCUCUAUGAUGAACUUGGUCACAAAUAACAGCAUAGAAGAUAGUGAUAUGGAUUCAGAGGAUGAAAUUAUAACACUGUGCACAAGCUCCAGAAAAAGAAACAAGCCCAGGUGGGAAAUGGAUGAUGAAAUCCUGCAGUUGGAGACCCCUCCCAAGCACCACACCCAGAUUGAUUACGUUCACUGCCUUGUACCAGACCUCCUUCAGAUCAGUAACAAUCCAUGCUACUGGGGUGUUAUGGAUAAAUACGCAGCCGAAGCCCUGUUAGAAGGAAAGCCAGAGGGCACCUUUUUACUUCGAGACUCAGCACAGGAAGAUUAUUUAUUCUCCGUUAGUUUUAGACGCUAUAGUCGUUCUCUUCACGCGAGAAUUGAACAGUGGAAUCACAACUUUAGCUUUGAUGCCCAUGAUCCGUGUGUCUUCCAUUCUCCCGACAUUACUGGGCUCCUGGAACAUUAUAAGGACCCCAGCGCCUGUAUGUUCUUUGAACCACUUCUGUCCACUCCAUUAAUCCGGACCUUCCCCUUUUCCUUGCAGCACAUUUGCAGAACAGUCAUCUGUAAUUGUACAACUUACGAUGGCAUUGAUGCCCUGCCAGUUCCUUCUCCUAUGAAAUUGUAUCUGAAGGAAUACCAUUAUAAAUCGAAAGUUAGGUUACUCAGGAUUGAUGUGCCAGAGCAACAAUGAUGGAGAGAGGUUAGGAAUGUGGACUUGCAUACAUAUUUUCAUUUCAUAUCUUAUUUUUCUUAUGCCUCUUCGAAUUUUUCUACAAAGGCAGUUAGAAUCCAAAAUAAAACUGCCCUAAAUUUUAAUUCCAGAUGAAUUUAUUUUUCUUAUGAUACACUUGUUAUAUAUUUUUAAGCAGGUGUCUGGUUUUUGUUUUUACCGUGUAAAUUAUAUACUUUUCCACUUAAUUUACAUAUGGUCCAGGCAUAUUUGAAAUUUCAAGGCAUUACAAAUACAUUUGAAUAUUCUGUAUUUUUUUUUAAGUAAUCUUCUGCCCUUUCCUACAUGUGGAAUAUUUUGCUAAUGUACGCUAUCAGUAUUCUUAUAUGGCAGAAUAGUUAUCUUUCCCAUUUUCAUUUUAAAAUUCUUCAGUAAAGAUGAGUGUUGUAAUCCGUCCAUGAUAAUGUAAUUGACUUUUGUAAUUGCUAAUAGCAAUGUUAGGCAACAAAAUGCUUUAAAGUGAAACAGUGUGUUUUCAUUUUAAAUAUUAACUAAAGCAAGUUUGUUUCUUAUUAAUAUGGCCAAUGGAAAGAGAAUGUUACGAUCUAGAGGUGCAUUUGUUCGGCAGUAUGGCAGGAUUGUCAAUAGAUCCAAAUACAGCAGCCCUUCACCCUGGAAGAGGUGAAUAACGUCAUAAUGCAACUUGGAUUCCUUUCUUACUAGAAGCUUUACAGUUAAAACAGCGGUAUUAGAAGCUUGGAGUUGCUAAGGCAACUAGAGUUUUUCUAUAUUAAUUUAUAGACUGUUACAUCUACUUAGCUCUUUCUUAGGAACUCUGGUUCCCAGGGGGAUAUAGGCAGUUUCUAAACAGCUACUGUAUCCACCAGUAACAAAAAGACCUGAAUAGUUUCUCAUUAUUUUAAAUUGAACUUAAAUAAAGAUGCAAACAAAA